GUAGCCAAGAGCAGAAUAGGUGACACAGGUGUGGUUCAGAGUGAUUGAUUGAUGACCCUCUGUCCCCUUUCCCACUUUUCUCACGGCUUCCAGGAAGCAUAAACCCUUAGUGGACUAUCAGAGCUUCCCUGAUCUCCUUCCCGGGCGGCCACUAAAACAGGGAGAAGCGGAAUCUCACCGCACAUGGGAGGUUAGUGUGGUUCCACUAGGGCAACUGGGCAUGCUCAGUAGCCAGGACAGGUUUUGGUCUCAAGUAGACAGCCAGUGCAUUACACCGGCGCUAGGCAGUGAGGGAGCUUAGGGAAGGCAGCUGCUGCAAGAGGAGGAAGGAGAGGAGGAGGAGGGAGAAAAAGAGGAAGAAUUGGCAGGAGGGGUGGGAGCAGCACUGAGGAAAAUAGCCAACCCUAGGUGAAGGAAGGGUUGGUGGGGAGCGAACGUGUAGGUGGUGGAAAAGACCCUCCUUCCACUUCCAGUCUCCUGUGCUUGCUUUGGGAAAAAAGAAGAGGAAGAAAUUUUAAGAGGGAGAAAAAGAAAAAGAAAAAGAAAAGGAGCGAGGAGAGAAAGGGGUUGGGUGGGGGUGGGGAUAAAAUACGGUGCGGGGGGGAAAAAAAAAAAAGCAAGAAAGCGCUGCGGGAAACGGAUCCCGGCAAGAUAGCGCUGCGGGGAAGGGAUCUCAGCAAGCCCGGGGUUGGCAGCGUGGAGCCGGCGCGGUUGCUUGGACAGGUGCCGCUGCCCUGAGAAGAAGGCAUGUGACGCGGCGGCGGCCGCUGCCUGCGGGCGGAGCGCUCGCUGGACCUAGAGCCCACACCCCGAGUGAGGGACAAGUUGCCCUUUCUCCUUUAGUCAACUCCCAUGGAGCCUACUGAGCUUCGGAUUGGAUCAUGAACCGGAGUCUACGAAGCGUGAAUCUGGUUUGAGCAUCUUGGUCCUGGGUCAUUUGCUCACUGAACCUUCCUAGAACGCGAGUGGAGAGAGGAAUCCAGGCACCUUGUUGAGGGCAUUGGAAAGGUUUGGACAAGGCAGAGGUACCUGCAACGUUCAGAAGUCCAGUCCACCAGAUAUGGAUGAUUAUAGCACACAUUUCAGCAAGGAACAUUAUCAGAGAUUAUGGAUUGGAUGAACCAUAUUCAUUUGCAACAUGAUGUACACUAUCAGGACUCUUUCCUGUCAUUGAGUCAUUUGGGUCCAAUAGCAAGCUAUGAUCAGAAUAACUAGAUGGGGCACUGAAUUCAGUGAGAAACCUCGGCCUUUCUAAGCCUUCAUGGUCAUAGAACACCAGGUUUCCUUCAGGAAGAGAAAUAUACAACAGUGUCUAGUCCAGUGGCUUGAUUUGAUGUUUCUACCUAGAACAUGUGGUGUGUUUUCAAUGCCUGUGUCUGAAUCAUAUCAUUGAUUUUUCAUUUAUUUUAUCUGAUCAUCACCAUCCAUCUCUACCAAGAACAAAGGAGGAAAGAUCAAGAAAAGACUAUGCCAGAGAGCCACGAUGACCCUGCACAGUAACAAUACAACCUCUUCCUCUUUUGUUAACAUCAGCACUUCCUGGACCCAAGGCAGCUCAGGCCCAGGUCUUCCCCCUCACUAUGGCAGCUACAAUGUCUCUCAAGCAUCUGAGGCUUUUUCCAACAAUGCUACAAACAAUGAUCCCCUUGGUGGUCACACCGUCUGGCAAGUGGUCCUCAUUGCCUUGCUGACUGGUAUCCUAGCUUUGGUGACCAUCAUUGGCAACAUCCUGGUCAUUGUGGCAUUUAAAGUUAACAAGCAGCUGAAGACGGUCAACAACUACUUCCUCCUGAGCCUGGCUUGUGCUGAUCUGAUCAUUGGUGUUAUUUCAAUGAACCUUUUUACCACGUACAUCAUCAUGAACCGAUGGGCCUUGGGAAACUUAGCUUGUGACCUCUGGCUCUCUAUUGACUAUGUGGCCAGCAAUGCUUCAGUCAUGAACCUUCUGGUCAUCAGCUUUGACCGGUAUUUUUCCAUCACCAGGCCGCUCACCUACCGAGCUAAGAGAACAACCAAAAGGGCCGGUAUGAUGAUCGGCCUUGCUUGGAUCAUCUCCUUCAUCCUUUGGGCUCCUGCCAUAUUGUUCUGGCAGUACUUUGUUGGAGAAAGAACUGUCCCACCAGGGGAGUGUUUCAUUCAGUUCCUCACUGAACCCACCAUUACCUUUGGCACUGCCAUAGCUGCCUUUUAUAUGCCUGUGACUAUUAUGACUAUUUUAUACUGGAGGAUCUACAAGGAGACUGAGAAACGUACCAAAGAGCUUGCCGGACUGCAGGCCUCAGGGAGCGAGGCCGAAGCUGCCCAUUUUGUUAAUCCAACGGGCAGCUCUAGGAGCUGCAGUAGUUAUGAGCUACAACAGCAAACCCUAAAACGCUCGAGCAGGCGGAAGUAUGGCCGCUGUCAUUUCUGGUUCACAACAAAGAGCUGGAAACCCAGCGCUGAGCAGAUGGAUCAAGAGCAUAGUAGCAGUGACAGCUGGAACAACAAUGAUGCUGCUGCUUCUCUUGAAAAUUCUGCCUCUUCUGAUGAGGAAGACAUUGGCUCGGAGACAAGAGCCAUUUACUCGAUUGUGCUGAAGCUCCCAGGUCACAGCACUAUCCUGAACUCGACCAAAUUGCCCUCAUCAGAGGACCUGCAAGGAUCAGAGGAGGAGCUGCAAAAAGCUGACUUGGAGAAGAAAACUAACAAGCUACAAGCCCAGAAAAGCAUGGAGGAUGGAGGCAGCUUUCAGAAGAGCUUUGCCAAGCUUCCCAUUCAAUUAGAGUCAGCCGUGGAGGCUGCCAAGUCACCUGAGGCCAUUUCUUCUGUUGCUAAGACAACAGCAGCUCUGCCUCUUUCCUUCAAAGAGGCUACACUGGCCAAAAGAUUUGCCCUUAAGACGAGAAGUCAGAUCACAAAACGGAAAAGGAUGUCCCUCAUCAAGGAGAAAAAAGCAGCACAGACCCUCAGUGCAAUUUUACUUGCCUUUAUCAUCACCUGGACUCCAUAUAACAUCAUGGUCCUGGUGAACACCUUUUGCAAGAGCUGCAUCCCUAAAACCUAUUGGAACCUGGGGUACUGGCUUUGUUAUAUCAACAGCACGGUGAAUCCCAUGUGCUAUGCACUAUGUAACAAAACAUUCAGAACCACAUUCAAGAUGUUGCUGCUUUGUCAGUGUGAUAAAAGAAAGAGGCGCAAACAGCAGUAUCAACAAAGGCAAUCAGUUAUUUUUCACAAGAGGGUCCCACAGGAGGCUUCAUAAAGUGAAAAAUUUUUAAACAACAGCAGCGACCAAACACACAUGCACUUAGACCACACUGACCUUGAGAAAGGGAGAGGGAGAGGAUUUUUUUUUUUUCUGGUAUUGAUAUUAGACAUUUCAAUGUCCAGAUAUGAAAGCCGCUGCCUGGCUGAUGUAUUCUUUUAAUAAACCUAUUUUAAUAUAAAAAUUCAAAUGCACAUUAAGCAAAAGAAAAAUAUACUACUGAAAGGUAAAACAUUAACUCAGAAGUUGUUACUCUACUACUUUAAAUGGUUUUCCUAAAAAGGGAGAAAAACAAAGCUGUAUAGUAGUUAUAAAUCCAUUAUUGACCUGCCCAGGUCUACUGACUCCUAUCAGCUCUGGGAUCUCAGGUAAGAACAUCUAGCUGGCCUAAUUUCCAACUUCUUUCCAAGGAUCCUGCAAGUUUUAACCCAGGCUCUUGGACAGAGGCCAGCAAGAAGAUGGUUGUGAAAAGUUUUAACAUGUUGCAAGAUGGCAUCUUUUCCCAAUAGAGCUUCCUGUCUUCUCUUUGAUGUAUCCUUGUUAAACCCUACCUACCUGUGGACUUGAUCCUCCAUCCUUCCGGAGUACUGUUUUGUGCAGCUAAAGUUUCGUGUAUAUGAAAAUAAAUUCACAUAUAUGUGUGGUUACAGAGUGCACACACACAUAUAUGUAAUAUACUGGGAAACAACAAAACUGGCAAAUUAUUCCUGCAAUACAUGAUUUCAGUAUUUUGGCAACUAAAGUUCUCUGGAAAUCUAACACAACACAAAUGUACAACAUGAUCCAGAUGAAAACUGGUCUCAUUUAAUGCUUUUAAAACAAGGCUUUUUUUAGGGGCCAUUCCGAGAACAGCAGAAUCCUAUCCAAAGUAACCCAGAUGAAGCCAGCAGUGUUCAGCUAUACCUACUAGAUGCCCUCAUGUUCAGUCUGAGCAGCUAAGCGAAGGUAAACAAAUCUGUGGAGAUCAGUGGUCUUGAGACCAGCUGAGUCCAAAUCAGCCAGGAAAAUCAAUCUCUUCUGGACUCUAGCACCCCACACUGAGAACUGGGUAGCGGCAUUGGUUUAAAGCUUUCUGUACCUGUGCUAAGGCUCAGGCCCCUUGGAUUUCAAAGAAUGACUUGCAAAACAGCGUUUUUGAAUUCUCCACAGUCUCAAAUCUGAACUUGCGGCUAAAAAAAUUUCUAUGAUAUGCUUGAAACUCAACAUUAGUGACAUGGCUGUCUGGGUCUUAUUAAUUGCAAUAUAUCUGGUAAUAAUAAAAGGAAAAAUCUCUUAAAAAAAAAAGAAGAAGACAAAGAAUGAAAAAAAAAUGAAAUUGUUUUGGUUACCUGGCAUUUUCUGAUGAAAAUUUAUUAAAUAAAUUAAAGGGCUUAAAUCUGUGUCACUUAGACAUUGCCAGUGUUUCCUGGGCUUGAGCAUGUGAUCAGCACCCAAAUAAUGGUUGGGUCUAUAAAAGUUAGGUGUCCUCUGAGCAAGGGACUGUAUUUUUUAAAGUAUUGCUUCUAAUUUGAUUUAUUUACAUUUUGAGAAAUAAUUUUGUAUUUUAAUUUGACCAAAAUUAUAUGAGUUUUGUUUUGGGGUAUUUUUUGUUUGUUAAUUGUUAUUGUUAAAUU